UUUCCUAUAGCAGCGACGCAGUGUCCUCUCCCGGCAGUAUCUCUAUACUCCAAAGUUUCCCUGUCUCAGAAUAAGAAUCCUGGUUCUUUUGCCACUUACAUCUGUGACGAUGGCUACGAAUUAUUUGGGGGACCUAGUCGUGUCUGUUCGCCGGAUGGAACGUGGAAAGGGGAGGUCCCAUACUGCGCCAUAAAUGUCGCCUACGGAAAACCUGCUAACCAGUCUAGCACUUCGCGGGGUGGAAAACCCCAAAACGCCAAUGACGGGGAUACGACAACGUUUCACGAGGACAAGUUCUGUACAGAAACAAAGCAAGACAACUCGCCCUGGUGGCAAGUGGACUUAUUACAAGAAUAUGAAGUGAGGGUUGUGAGGAUUUUCACUAGAGGAUGCUGUGGUCAUCAACCUCUACACGAUCUAGAGAUCAGAGUUGGAAACAGCUCAGUUAUCCAAGGAAACCGUUUGUGUGCCUGGUAUCCAGGAACAAUUGAGGAUGGCACCACUAAAGACUUUGAGUGUGCUUACCCUAUUAAAGGUCGAUAUGUUUAUGUUCAGAUGGUGGGCAUUGAGGGUUCUCUGUCACUCUGCGAGGUCAUGGUUUUUUCAACACAGGAGUUCUCUGCUCAGCGGUGUGGCAAUCAGUUGGAGCCUUUGAAACUUACGACAUUCAACCACACCUGUUACGAGUUUCAAGGUGAAAAGGGUGGGACUUUUAAGGAUGCAGAUCGAUAUUGUCAAGACCAUGGAGGGCAGAUUGCCCAUUCCAUGAGUAAUGUAACCCACAACUUUUUGUCAACUGAGUUGGAGAGGCUAAAAGGCCAGUUGAAAUCUAAAUUAGUAUGGCUUGGAGCUCAGAGGGAGCCUGGGAUAGUGUCUCAGAAAUGGCACUGGAUCGACAAACAAGUAGUAGUGGAUUUUCUGUGGGCUCCUGACCAGCCCAACAACUACAAUGGCCAACAGAACUGUGUCGUCUUGGAUGGCGGAAGGAAGUGGAUGUGGAAUGAUGUUACUUGUGACCUUGAUUACUUACCUUGGAUUUGUCAAUACAGUCCAUCAAACUGUGGGAGUCCUGACAGGAAGGAAAACUCCACCAUUCUGGGGAACAGCUUUACUUUGGGGCAAAAGGUUACAUAUACAUGUCCAGUGGGAAACAUGCUUGUCGGUGAUGCAAUAAGGACAUGUGCUGCCGAUGGUUUCUGGACAGGAGCAGCACCAUCUUGUAAAUAUGUGGACUGUGGACCUUUAUCAGACAUUGAAAAUGGAAAAGUUAGGUACCUGGAAUCUCGGACUACCUUCAAUGCCUCAGCGCAGUACACUUGUGAUCAGAACUACACAUUAAUUGGUGAUGGCAUUCAGGUGUGCUUGGGAAGCAGUAGCUGGAAAGGAGACAAAGUAAAGUGCCUGUUUAACCAGUGUCCACAGCUGAAAACACCAGCAAACAGUAUCCUGGAGGUUACAGGACAGUCAGCUGGGAGUCAGGCUAAAUACAGCUGUGAGAAAGGCUACAGACUUAUUGGAAAAGACACAAGAAAGUGUGAACUUGGUGGGAUGUGGACAGACAGUGAACCUGAAUGUAAAUUUAUUGAUUGUGGUAAGCCAGAUCCUCUAACGAAUGGGGACCAUGUGCUCUUAAACCAGACUACAACAUACUUGAGUAAAGUUAAACACACGUGUCAUCAAAACUUCAGUCUUGUUGGGGAUGAGGUACGCACUUGUCUUGAAACGAAGUUGUGGAGUGGAAAACAACCUGUCUGCAAAUUAAUUGAAUGUGGAGAACCAGACGUACGGCCUGGAUCUUACGUGGAAGGAGGUGGACUUACUGUUCACUCAGUCGUUGAGUACUUCUGUGAAACUGGUCACGUGAUGAUUAGCACAUCUUCUCGUAGAGUCUGUGGACUGGAUGGAAAGUGGAUGGGUGAAGCUGCCAUUUGUCACUUUGUCGACUGUGGUAGAGUUCCACCCAUACCACGGGGGGCUGUCCACUACAUUAAUGAAACAACCUUCCUUCACAGUAUUAUUUCCUAUAAAUGUAGUUUUGGAUAUCGUCUAAUUGGUGACAGAAUGCGUCUUUGUCUGGAAGAUGGCCAUUGGAAUGGAAGCACCCCCUUAUGUGAAGAAAUUCGUUGUCCAGUUCCUCAAGUGCCACACAAUGCUUCAAUUAUUUACACGGGUAACGAUCGUUCUUUAGCAGUUUCCUUUAAGAUAGGAUCUAAUGCUCAAUACCGUUGUAUGGAAGGCCACGUCCUGAAAGGAGUGUCAUUACGAAGAUGUCUACAGACAGGAGUUUGGAGUGGAGAAGUACCCUUAUGUAAAUAUGUCGAAUGUGGCCUUCUUAUGCCAGUGGCUCAUGGUCACUGGUUGCUACCCAACAAUGCAACAUUCUAUGGUACAUCAGUAGAAUACAAGUGUGAUGAAAAUUACAAAGUAGUUGGGCCCAGUCGUAGGCUUUGUUUAGAGAAUGGCACUUGGAGUGGUCAAGAUCCUCAGUGUAUAGAAAUAUCAUGUGGUGUACCUGACACACUGGAUACAAUGACUUUCGUAGAGGGCAGUGUUUUUACCAUUGGAAGAAUGGUUGUGUAUUCAUGCAUCAAAGGAUACGAGGUGAUUGGUCAAAACAUACGGUCCUGUCUUAAGAGUGGCCAGUGGUCAGGACAGACCCCAUUUUGUAGAUGCAAGUAUUCCAUAAUGUUUGAACCUUUGAAAGGAAAAUAUUUAACUAAUUUUUACUGGUGUUAAUAUGCACUGC